AUGGCUUUUCGAAGUAGCCCUGUUGCACGAAAAGGCUUGCAGAGCCUUUUGCAAAAGCGAGCCGACGAUGUCGUGUUUACCACCGCGCUGCGAACGCCCAUCGCACGUAUGAAGAAGGGCUUCAAAGAUGCUUACCCCGAAGAGCUCCUCGCACACGUGCUGCAACGCACCCGUGAAAGGCUCGAAUCUCGCGGCGUUGACAAGAAUAUCAUCGAAGACAUUUGCACGGGCACCGUCUUGAUGGAGCUCGGUGGAGCCAAGUCGGGACGUAUGGCAGCACUUCACGCCGGUAUGCCCAUCACUUCGGCUUACAAGACAGUCAACCGACAAUGCGCUAGUUCGCUGCAGAGCAUCACUGACAUCGCCAACGCCAUCCGAGCUGGAGAAAUCCAGUGUGGUAUUGCGGCAGGUGUUGAGUCGAUGACGCGCAAUUACGGCUCGCGAGCUAUCCCGGUCGAUCUGAGCCCGUGGCUCAAGGAGUCUGAGUCCGUCGACGCGCGCGACUGCAUCUUGCCAAUGGGCGAGACUUCGGAACGAGUGGCGGAACAAUGGAACAUCAGCCGUGAGCGACAAGACCAGUUCGCUGCCGAGUCGCACCGCAAAGCCGAUGCUGCCCAGCAGGAUGGACGCCUCGCAUCCGAGAUCGAACCCAUCGAGGUGCGCUGGAUAGACACAGAGACGGGCAAGGAGGGCAAGAAGCUGAUCAGCCAGGAUGAAGGCAUCCGCCCAGGUACCACGUUGGAAUCGCUUGGCAAGCUCAAGCCUUUUAUGCGCGCUGAUGGUAGGAGCACCGCCGGCAACUCGUCGCAAGUGAGCGACGGAGCCGUUGCGCUCACAAUGGCUCGACGAGAUGUAGCCGAAGCGGCGGGGAUGGAGAUCUUGGGCCGUUGGGUAGGCACUGCUACCAAGGGCGUCAAGCCAGAUGUGAUGGGUAUUGGGCCCGCCGAGGCUGUGCCCAAACUGCUCGAACGCUUCCAGCUCAAGACGGACGACGUGGAUCUCUGGGAGCUCAACGAGGCGUUUGCAUCUCAGUCGUUGAUGGUGAUGGACACGCUCAAGCUGGAUGCUGCUAAGGUGAACCCGAAGGGUGGCGCGAUUGCGUUGGGUCACCCGUUGGGCGCCUCGGGAGGACGAUUGGUGACGAGUUUGCUUGCCGAGCUGCGCAGGACGGGUCAACAGGUGGGUGUAGCUACGCUCUGCUGUGGUACUGGCUACGGUAAGGCAUCGCUCGUCAUUGCCGAGUAG